AUGUCUGGACGCGGUAAAGGUGGAAAAGGGCUUGGGAAAGGAGGCGCGAAGCGUCACCGUAAGGUUCUGCGGGAUAACAUUCAAGGUAUUACAAAACCCGCGAUCCGCCGCUUGGCUCGUCGCGGUGGGGUCAAGCGCAUCUCUGGCCUCAUUUACGAGGAAACUCGCGGGGUGCUGAAAGUGUUCUUGGAAAACGUGAUUCGGGACGCGGUCACCUACACCGAACACGCCAAGCGAAAGACGGUCACGGCCAUGGACGUCGUCUACGCACUGAAGCGUCAGGGACGCACUCUUUACGGAUUUGGCGGCUAA